AUGAGAUUCGCUGCCGUCUUCGCAACUGCCUUCGCGGCUCCUGUGAGCAUUGCCAACAUCGCCUCAGCCAUGGCUGAUGGUCCUUAUGACCAGGUGAACGUACCGACCAUUGUUCAUGUGCCCACGGCCCGGUACGCGCCUCAGAACGUCAACCUGUAUGUGCCGCCCCAAGAACUGGCACAGGAUGUCGGCAAAAAGGGAGUGCAGGUGCCUCGGAUGCCUACCAAGAAGGCCAUCCCAGCACCUCAGCUUCCCACCAAGAAGGCCAUCCCGGCACCCCAGCCUCCUACCAAGAAGGCCAUCCCAGCACCUCAGCCUCCUACCAAGAAGGCCAUCCCAGCACCUCAGCCUCCCACCAAGAAGGCCAUCCCGGCACCCCAGCCUCCCACCAAGAAGGCCAUCCCGGCACCCCAGCCGCCUGCCAAGAAGCAGCCAGUGGUUCUGCAGCCUGCGGUUCAGAAGAAGCACCGGAGGCCGACUAAGACUCAGAACAUCAGGCACCGAAAGCGUGUCACCGUUUCCAUCAGCAAGUCUGACUAA